AUGAAGAAAAAGCUAAAGAGAAAAUUUUUGCCAGAAAACUACCUUCAAGCAAACUUCCUGAAACUUCAUAAUCUGCGACAGGGAAAUCGGACUAUUGAGGAAUAUACUGAAGAAUUCGAUCUCUUAACCAUGAGGUGUGGACUCGUCGAAGAAGAAGAACACACAGUCGCACGUUAUCUUGGAGGGAUGCGUAGAGAACUUCAUGAUGUGGUGGUCUUACAGCAAUACUGGAGUUAUGAUGAUGUCUUCAAGUUAGCCAUACAAGUAGAGAAACAGAUGAAGACACGGUCACGGCGUGUUGGAAUAGAGGGUUCUGAGCAAAAAAAUUCUUGGAUGACUAAAGGCUCAUCAAAUUCUGAGCCAGGGAAGCAUGAAGCACCUAAGACCAAUGCACCAGAGAAGUUUACUGCCAGCAAACCGAAAGGGAUCAAGUGUUUCAAAUGUUCUGGCAUAGGACAUAUUGCUUCUGAAUGUCCUAACUGA